CCCAAAAGUAAAAGUACGAUGACGCGCGAGAUCUGAUCGCAUUCCGGCGUUCCUUCCAAUUAGACAAGAUGAAACGCUUUACUCGAAGCACCAGGAGAGCAGGCCAACGACGCUUCUUCCUGGUGCUAAUCUUUGGCAUGUGUUGCACCUGUCUUUACUGGAGGUGGUCAGUGCCAAAAUUUUCCCCUGCCAUAGAAAGCAGUUGGGAGCGCUUCAAGCCAGCGCAUUCCACGCAGCCUGCUGAGGAGUCAACCAAAGAGAAGGUCAUCAUAUCACUCCCCAGACGUUCUCGGACGACAGUGGCACCCAAAACAAGCCUAGUGGUCGAACCCGUGAAAAAGGCACGAAGUUUCACCAUCGACUAUGAACGAAAUAUAUUCCUUAAGGACGGUGAGCCUUUCCGCUUCAUCGCGGGCGCCAUACACUACUUCCGUGUGCCGAAACCAUAUUGGGAAGACCGCUUGACUAAGAUGAAAGCCGCAGGCCUAAACGCCAUCGAGACAUACGUCGAAUGGAGUGGCCACGAACCGGAGCCCGGUAAUUACAACUUCGCCGACAUGUACGACAUCGAGACCUUCAUCAAAGCUGCGCAUUCCCUCGACCUUCUGGUCAUACUUCGCCCAGGUCCUUAUAUCUGUGCUGAACGUGACAACGGCGGAUUGCCCUACUGGCUCCUACAGAGCAACUCAGGGAGGACACUUCGGAGUUCCCACAAGUCUUACACCGAUGCCGUUGACAAAUGGUUCGACGUCCUGCUCCCACUUGUUGUCCCAUUACUCUAUUCCAACGGGGGGCCCAUUGCCAUGGUUCAGGUUGAGAACGAGUAUGGAAGUUUUCCGGCGUGCGACUCUGCCUACAUGAAGCACCUAGUAGGUGUACUCAAGGAUCACCUUGGGCCCCAUGUGCCGCUAUUUACGACUGACGGAGCAAGCAAGCACCUGCUUAAAUGCGGAACCGUGAGCGGGGCUCUGGCUACUGUAGACUUCGGACACGACCAUGACGUGGAAAGUGCAUUGCGGCAGGCUCGAGCAGCCAACAGGGGGAAAGGACCGUUUGUAGUUAGUGAGUUCUACUCCGGCUGGUUAGAUCAUUGGGGUGAAGAGCACGUCCACACCAACGACGGUAGAAUUGUCAAGACACUCGAACACAUACUGAAGCGAAACGGAUCUGUCACUUUCUACAUGUUUCACGGUGGCACCAACUUUGGGUUUAGCAACGGUGCUAACCCUCCGGCCCAGCCCACCAGUUAUGAUUACGGGGCCCCACUCUCUGAAGCAGGGGACCCAAGGGGGCUAUACUUUGACAUCAUGAAUGUCAUUUCAAGGUACAACACUCGCCGUCUCGUCGCACCAGAUUUACCAUUUCCAGCUCCCAAGCUGAACUACGGAAGUGUAGAAAUAACAUGUGGACCUUCUCUGACCAGCGUUAUGGAUCACUUCAGAAAGCUGGAUAUGCUGAACUCUGCCACGGCCAUUAAUCCAAUGGGAUUCGAAGCAAUGGGACAGAACUACGGAUAUGUCAUUUACACCACCGUGGUUCCGUUCGCAGUGGGCCGACCGUCGAGGCUCAUCAUCCCUGAGUUUAGCGACCGCGCUUAUAUCAUCUACGGAAGCUCGACUGUUAUCGUGGAUUCUGUAAAUAACCUGCCUGCCAUGAUUUCCGUGUCCAAAGGGGACACGCUCACCAUCAUUGUGGAAAAUGCAGGGAGGAUUAAUUUCGGUGAAAGGUUGGGCGAACUAAAGGGGAUUCUGUCCAAUGUUACUCUUGACGAUCAGCUUCUGACCCACUGGCUGAUGGAAGCUGUCCCCAUCACGAAGGACUCUCAGAUAACCGAACUCUUCAAGUUCGUCAACAAUCCUGAGCGAAAGUGGGUGCAGAGCUGCAGGGCGCCCGGUUUCUUCAUUGGCCGCUUCAGUCUUCAAGAAGGCCAAGAACCAGUCGACACGUUCCUGGACCCUACGGGCUGGACAAAAGGAGUUGCUUUCGUCAACGGCUUCAACUUGGGACGCUACUGGCCAGGUGUGGGCCCUCAGGUGACCCUCUACAUUCCGGGAUAUCUUUUGCGACGCCACCCCAAUGAAAACCACAUUCUCCUCCUGGAGAUGGAAGCGGUGGUGGGCACCAGCAUGUCAGUGAAACUCACUGACGUCCACAAGAUCGACGCCAAGAACUUCCGCAUGAAGAGAAGACGGAGAUUACAUGUGUUAUAAAAUGUGUCGUUACGUUUUC